UCUGCCCUCUCUUCUGCAGUUGUUUUCCUCACAUCCAACAACGCUGUCUCUCUGAUUGUACUGCGCCUCCUGACUCUCUCAUCCCCUCCCUUUCCCUUCUUUUCUGGCCCUCUGAUUUCUCUCCUCUUUUCCCCCCCUUCUCCACUUUUCUUCAUCAUUUUCUGCCUUGUUCCAACCUCCUCUAGCUCUCUUGCUUACUAUAUAUCUUGCGCUAUACUCCCGAUCCCUCUCGCCUUAGCCUGACUCAGCCUCCGAGGCUUCAACUUGCACACACACACAGAGAAGGCAAUCGUGUUCUUAUCUUUAGUGAAAUGUCUAGCAGAAGGUCCAGGCAACAAUCUUCAUCAGGGUCUUCAACAAUCUCCGAUGACCAAAUCAUCCAACUUGUUUCCCAGUUGCGUCAACUUGUUCCUGAGAUUCGCGAUACUCGCCGCUCUAACAAGGCAUCUGCAUCAAAGGUCCUACAAGAGACCUGCAACUACAUCAGAAGCUUAAACAGAGAAGUGGACGACUUGAGCCAGCGACUCUCUCAGUUGUUGGCCACAAUCGAUGCUGACAGUGCCGAGGCUGCCAUCAUUAGGAGCCUCAUUAAUCCUUAAACGACAUGUAAUGUUUCCUUAUUCAAUUCAGAUCAUAUAUAUAUACAUAUAUAUAUAUAUAUAUAAGUGAGUACGUACUCCCCUUUCUAGGUGGAGAUACUUUUGAGUUCAGUGUGGAGGGGUGGGGGUGCCUCUAUAGUAUGGCACCUGGAGUACUUUGUUUUUAUAAUAAAUCAAGUUAAGGCACUUUGUAUUAGCUCUAUCCAUGACUGAUCUGUGCCUGUCGUAUCUCUGUGGACAUAUAGUAUAUGUAUGGCCCAAAAGUAGUUUCCUUUUAUGAAGCUUUCCAGUGAUCUGCUUUGCUUAGAGAAUGGAGGCUUGAAUAUGUCAGAAUUGCAAGAGAGGUGCAUGUGUAACUGAUGAUAAAUUAUCGAG